GCAUGCGUGGACCAAUGGUGUAGGAGGAAAAAACAAGAUGGCGUUUCAUGAAGAGGACGUUAGUGUGUCUAUAAUAAUUUUGUCUUCUUAAUCAGUGCGUACAUGUACACAUAUAUUUUGUUUGAUAAAGAAAACGUCGUUAAUGUUUGUUUGUGUCCGAUACAUUGGUCAAGGUGCACUAUGACGCUUUUCGUGCGAGCUUACUUAAUUAGCUUAGCAUGUUAGCUGCUAACAAAUCACUAAGGAGAGAUCAAGUGUGAAGUGUUGUGAUUGUGUCAAACUGUGCGAAAGAACGUACGAAGAGGACAUUUCUUCAGCAAAAGAGAAGAUCGAGCGACGGCAUCAACUGCUAGACGCUGUUUUCAAGAAACAUCAAGUUGUGUUACACAGAGCAGAGUACCACCAGCUUAUAGAGGAAGAGGAGGAACUGUGGAUCACUGAGGAGGGAGAGGGUCUUCUCGGGCAGGAGGAGACAGAUCUCACUAAGUUUCUACUGACCGUUGUCUCUGUCAAGACUGCAGACCAUAAAGACCAACCUAAGUCCUCACAGAUUCAUCAAAGUCCAAACAUCUGUGUAGAACAUCAUCUCUUUGAGCAGCACGAGUGGAGGUUCAGAAUGGAGCAGGAGGAUCCACAAACUCCCUACAUCAAAAAGGAAGAGGAUGCGCCACAAUCCCCUCACAUAAAAGAUGAAGAGGAAGAACACAGCAUCAGUCAGGAGGGAGAGCGGCUUGAAGUGUUGGAGGAGUUCCCAGUGGUUGGUAAGAGUGAAUUGAAUAAGAUUAAAGGUGAAAGUGAGAAGAAAGAAGCGGAGCCUCCAAGCAGCAGCUCAACACAACACAUGACAACAGAACCUGAUGGGGACCACUGUGGAGGAUCACAAGCAGACAAGAUCUUAGCUCCACUAUCAGAUAGUGACGACACUGAUGAUGAAGACUCUGAUGCUGAUAAGACAUGUCACACUGACAACAAACACUUAAAAUGUUCUCACUGUGGCAAAACCUUUAAAUACCAAAGUGAUCUAAAAGUACACAUAAGAAUACACACUGGAGAAAAGCCGUUUUCCUGUUCAAUCUGUGGUAAAGGCUUUGCACAAAAACAACAAGUGAAAGUACACAUGCCAAUACACACUGGAGAAAAACAUUUUACUUGUUCAAUCUGUGGUAAAAGUUUUGUACAAAGACAACAAUUGGAAGUACACACGCGAUCGCACACUGGAGAAAAACCUUUUACUUGUUCAAUCUGCGGUAGUGGUUUUGUACAAAAUCAUUAUUUAAAAUUACAUAUGAGAAAACACACCGGAGAAAAACCUUUCACUUGUUCAAUCUGCGGUAAAAGCUAUAUAAAAAAUCCCAGUUUGAAACUACACAUGAGAAUACACAGUGGAGAAAAACCUUUUGCCUGUACAAUCUGCGGUAAAGGUUUUGUACAAAAACAACAAAUGAAAGUUCACAUUCGAACACACACCGGAGAAAAACCUUAUACUUGUUUAAUUUGUGGUAAAGGUCUUGUACAAAAACGUUAUUUAGAAUUACACAUGAGACAACACACUGGAGAAAAACCUUUCUCUUGUUCAAUCUGCGGUAAAAGCUUUAUAAAAAGUCCCAGUUUGAAAGAACACAUGAGCAUACACACUGGAGAAAAGCCUUAUAACUGUUCAAUCUGCGGUAAAGGUUUUUCACGAGGCCAACAAUUGAAAGUACACAUGAGAAUACACACUGGAGAAAAACCUUUUACCUGUCAAGUCUGUGGUCAAGGUUUUGUACAGAGCCAACAUUUGAAAGUGCACAUGAGAAAACACAGUGGCGCAAAAACGGAUUCCUGUUAAAUCUGCCACAAAAGCUUUGCUGACUGAUCAACACUUGUAAAACACAUGAGAAUACACAGUGGUUAGUCAGUGUGUUUGAUGAAAAUUCUGCUUAAAAGUACCAGUGUGCUGGUGAAAACAGCAGCAGCCAAUGAAGCUGCAGGCUUUUAAAUAAACUGUCAACUCUGUGUUAAAGUUGACUCUCCAACAUCAGUACAUAUAACAUGUAUGACAUCUUAGUCUGUGUAACACUAUCAUGUUUGUAUGCCUUUUACCUCUUAUAGAUUAUAUCAGAGGUUUUUCCAAACAUUUUUCGCCAAGUACCACCUCUGAAAACUCUUGGCUCUCCAAGUACCACCAUAAUGACCAACAUUAAAUUCAAGCAGCAUAGUAGGCCUAAGUAUUCCUUACAAACAAUGCAAACGUUUUAUUUAACAACGAAAAGUACAUGCAUUAAUAUAAAACAUUGUGUUGUUUUAGUUAAAAAUGUACAGAACAAUCUGACUGAAAAUGUUAAAUACAUUAAAUAAACAUUUUAUGUGUAUAAAGAGAUGUAUAAUCUCACUGUUAUGCUUAUCCAUAUAAGUGCUUUUAUAUAGGCUUUUCGAAAUUGUCAUAUAUUUUAAUUUGUAAUCACAAAAGAUUCCAUAGUUGAACUCACAUGAUACAUAUUUUAUAUGUUUUCAUACUUUUGAUUUUGAGUACACAUUAAUAUCUUAGUUAAUAUUUACUGGUUCACAUCUGAAACGUUUUCUGGAAGCAUAUUAUUAACUUAAUACAUCAUUUGAGCAGUUAUGUUUUAUACAAGAUUGUUUACUUUUGAAAUGUGCACUUUUCUUAAUCAUUUCUUGGGUCUCAAUUAUCCAUGCUAGUAAUUCUCUUGAUUACUCUCUUUUGUGAUAUGAAUAUUGUUUUGUGAUUGUUUUAUAUGUAUGUCCCCAGUCCUUUGUACAAUUCGCAAUGUAUGCUUCAACAAAAGUUGGGUACAAUAAAUGUAUUUGUUGAGUAUGUA